UGAACAGCUCCAAGCAUGGAGACUCCACAACCCCUCUGGGCAACCAGUUCCAGCAAAUACAACCUGUUCCAGCAGCACAGUGUACAGGAGCGGCGCCAGUUUCUCUUGCAGAUGGAGAAGCUGCAAGACAUGAAGACGCUGCCACACAGUGGGGUGCGGCAGGAAGAGAGAAUCCAUCUGCCAGCCAUGCCGCCUUUCCCAAGGCAGGCAGCGACUCAGGCAGCAGCACCCAAGCAAGCGCGUGCAGCACAGACAUCGUCAUCUGAAAGGGUCACUUGCAAGCUGCCCCGUCUACAAGCAACAGCCUCUGCAUCUUCAGCUGCAGGAAGGGCAAAGGCGUUGGGCACAGAGGCCCACAGCCACCAAGAGCUUCUGCCACCUCUUCCGUGCAUCUCUGGUGAGAGGGACAAGGCAGUGAGGGCAGGGAGCCGGGAACGUGGCCCACACAGCCCUGUGGCCCCUGACGAGGACAUGGAGUACACAGUACGGUCCUUCGUCUCCACAGUCAUAAGAAACGCUCUAGCCUGCAACGAGGAAGCCAACAGCAAAGCAAGGCUUUCUCCCUCAGGCAGAGGUCCCGGGACCAAAGGCUACAGAACACCACCUCUCACCACAGCAGUGCCCCAAAAUGGGAAGAAGAAGAGUCAGCACUCGUCCAAAAGCAGCCCUGCAGCCCCUGCCGAAGAAAUUGAAGACCCACUAAAGGCCUUUGUCUCCGCUGCCAUUAACAGUGCCAUAGCCCGGAACCAGGGAGCCAUGAGGGAGGCAAGGCUUUCUCCCUUGGGCAGACGUCCCAGGAGCAAAGGCCGCAUAACACCACCACUCCUCACAGCAGUGCCCCAGAACUGGAAGAAGAGUCAGCACCCUGCCAAAAACAGCCCUGCAGCCUCCGCCGAGGACAUGGAAGACCCAGUAAAGGCCUUCGUCUCCAGUGUCAUUAGCAGUGCUAUAGCCUGCAACGAGGGAGCCACGAGGGAGGCAGAGCUUCCUCCCUUGUGCAGAGGUCCCAGGAGCAAAGGCCACAGAACACCACCUCUCCUCACAGCAGUACCCCAGGAUUGGAAGAAGAGUCGGCAGGCUGCCCCACACUGCCCCACAGACUCUUUCGCAGCACUGCGGGACACAGCACAGUCCCUUGUGUCUGAAGUCCUGGCAAAGACAAUGGCUGAAAGCUGGGAACACGGCCAACGGCCUGCAGAACUGGUGGACCUGGCACACACGGGGUGCACAGUGACAUCAACAAGAGCAGUCGAGGUCCAGACAGACACGGACAGCAGGUGGACCACUGCUCUGCCAGGGCGCCAUCACCAGGCACGUUCAGGAAAACCGGCUGCCGGCAGGGACCCUGCACCAGCAAGCCCAGACAGGGGUGAGAAGCAAGGGCAGCAGAGACAGAUACACAUCAAACCCAGGCAGGGGAGCGGCAAGGAUGGGACAAGCCAGGGCCGGGGCAGGAAAGAAAAGGGUCCUGUUGGGUGGGAUGAAGAGGAAGAAAUUAUCAUCUUCAACUCCUGGAUAAACCCCAGCUUCCCCAGCCUCUUCCAGGAGCCACAGGCCUUUCCCCAGAAAGUGUGCAGCUCACCCAGCAGCGUGGACAGGGAGGCUGCAGCACAAGAAGCAGAACCCCCAACAAGAGUCUCUCUUGGCUCACCGGACACUGAAACAUCGCCUGCUUGCCUGGAAGAGAGGCACGGCACGCCUCUCACCGCAACAGCACCGGCAGAGAGCAGGCCAGCAAGUCCUCCGUCAGCCACUGCUUUUGAAGAUGAGCGCUACAUAGCGCCUCCCCAGACACGUGGGGCUCAAGAGUCAAAGCCAUCAGCCUGUCCCACCCCCAGUGAGCACAGCACUGCAGUGAUGGCUGAGAGGCAGGGACGUGCCCAACAUGCCCCCAGUGCCUGUGAUGAAGAUCUGCAUGAAGCAGCCCGGACCCUCGUUUCCGCAGUCCUAAGACAAGCUGUAGCCAUGAGCCAGGGAGCCACGAGCAAGGCACCAACUGCUCCCUCGGCCACAGGACCCAGGAUGCCUCCUCCCACAGCAGAGCCUGCAGACUCUGCAUCCUCAGCAUCUGCCUUAGCUGGAGCACUGGGGGACCUGGCACACACAGGGUGCACAGUGACAGCAACGAGAUCAGCCGGGGUCCAGACAGAUGCGGAGAGCAGGGGGACCACUGCUCUGCCAGGGCCUGAUCCCCGGGUAUGUGCAGGAACAACGGCUGCCAGCAGAGACCCUGCACCAGCCAGCCCAGACACGGGUGAGGAGCAAGGGCAACAGAGAGAGCAAAACAUCAAACCCAGGCAGGGGAGCGGCAACGAGGGGACAAGCCAGGGCCGGGGCAGGAAAGAAAGCGGUCCUGUGGCAUCGGAUGAAGAGGAAGAGAUUGUCAUCUUCAACUCCUGGAUCAACCCCAGGUUCCCCAGCCUCCUCCAGGACCCACAGGCCUUUCCCCAGGAAGAGGGCAGCUCAUCCAGCAGCGUGGACACGGAGGCUGCAGCAGAAGCAGCAGAACCCCCAACAAGCGCCUCUCUUGGCUCACUGGAGCCCACGGACACUGCACCAUCAGCUGCUCCCCUGGCAGAAGGUCCAGGGGAAGAGAGGCACGGCACGCCUCUCACCGCAACAGCACCGGCGGAGAGCAGGCCACCCGGAUCAUCGUCUCUGCAGUCCUACGCCAUGCUGUAG